AUGGACAGCGAAGUCAAGUACACCGAUAGGUUUCUAAAACUGAACAGAGACUCUUCCGUGGAAGAAUCGAAAAUGGCUUAUGAUGAAAUGGCGCCAAGCUGGGAGAAGGUAUAUAAAUGCCGCGAUAAAUGGAUUACUGUUCUGUGGUUUCGGGAGUUAUACUUUACUUUUUUGACCUAUAAAAAAGAAGACAAUGUCAGCUUAUUUAAAAAGUUGACCUGCCCCUUAAAUUUGAAGGAGAAUUAGAAUUCGACCCUUGCAGUAGUCAGUUCGCUUCGCUUUGUGACUUUGCCGGAUCGAUAGUGGAAAACUGCCCACCUACCCCUCCCCUAACUCAACGUUGACAUUUGCGUCUCGCUUCGGGCAAAAUGUUGGGUUAGGGGAGGGGUAGGUGGGCAGUUUCCCAGAAACCUAAAUUGGUCCACUUUCCCUUAACAGAACCUUGGGCUCGCCUCGGCUCAUGCUUGUUUUCUCUUAAAGUUGUCGUUGUGUUUAUAUGCGAAGUCGGGUCGGCUCUUUUUCUGAGAUCUCUCUUUGAGCAACCGAGAUCAGGCUCGGUAAGUGAGCCAGCCUGCCUUUUCAUAUAAACACAGCGACAGUGUCAAUAGUUAUAAGGAAACAAGGCGAGGCGUUUGAUCGCGCUGUGAGCACUGAACCGAGAGGCAGCUCGGUAAAGCGGGCUAGCGCGGCUAACCUGUCUGGCUUGCCUCAUAUAAACAGGUCCUAAGCCUCAUCCGAUAAAUCCUAGCUACCUAGUUUCUCGCUUUUAUUUUACUCUAAAUGAAAAAAACUUCUGCUAAUUUACUGUAAUAUUUAAAAAAGCGUACGUAUCAGACGUAUCUCUUUUUUCGUAGAUAAGCGAAAAUGUGGGUUACAAAGGUCACAUUCUUUGCGUGGAGGCGUUUGAUCGCGCUGUGAGCUCCAACGAUGUUUAUCCUAACCCCGCAAAAGACAUAAAAAUCCUUGACGCCGGAGCAGGCACAGGUGGGAUUGGCGAGAUGUUGAAAGCUCGAGGAUACACUAAUGUCGACGCACUGGAUAUUUCCCAGGAAAUGUUAAAUUUAGCGGCCGGUAAACAUCUGUACAAGAAACUGAUCUGUGCUCCGUUGUCCGACACGCAUAUGAAGGAGAUAGAAACUGCUGAAUAUGACGUGGUGUUGUGUGCAGGCGUCAUAGUGUAUGGGCAAGUGAAGCCUGGGGCGAUUGAGCAAUGCGCGCGCUUCGUAAAACCCGGUAUGUGAUUUUCUUUUCUUGUGAGUGUAGUGAGAAGGAGUGAAUGGUUUUGUGUUGUAGUUUAACUGUGCGCGCCCUUAGCCUGUUCCAGAUAGUACAGCGCGGCGUACAGAUGGUGGGGAGCGCGUUAAGUCGAAAGCGGGAGAAACGAGGGGAGAAAACCAGGGAAGACUGACUCCCUUUUCCCCCUUUCAGUCUUCCCUCGUUUUUUAUAUCUUCGUUAAUUUUUAUAUUUUCAAUGAACGUGGAAAAAUACACGGGCCCUGAAGUUUUUGUUUACCCUAAGAAAUAUUCAUGCACUGGUCUAAAAAUGGGUGGGGGGGGUACAAAACAAAUAUUCGUUUGGAAAAAACGUCAUGCGACUGGUCUAAAAAAAUCCCAAGCCCUUCCAUAAAUUUUUUUAAUGGUCCGUUCCUUAGUAAUAACAUUAAGUUAUUGUAAACGUUGGUGCGUUCUCUCUUGAAUAUCUUAGUAUUUUCUUGUGUUUCUUUUGUAGGUGGCCUGUUUAUUUUCUCCAUUCGUUGCGAUUCCUAUGACCCUGUAGAGUACGGCUAUAGUGCCACAUGCGAGAAAUUAGAAAAAUCAGGGAAAUGGAAGCUGAUACUGAAAGAAAAACGUGAGCUUCAUUCAACACCAAACGAGGAACGAUACCGUUAUUGUUAUCUUAUCACGUAUAAAGUGCUUCAGUAACAAUUACAUCGUAGUUGAUAACUAAAACGAAACUAUUUCGCUUCCAUGACUGAGAGGUUCAACCCCCCCUCUCUAAUAUUCACGAAUAUUGUCAAUAUAGG